CUGUCCCAGACGCGCCUUGCUCUUCACCGCUGGCACCGAUCGAUCACUCAGGUCUUGUCCCAGCCCAAUGCGCCCGUUGACGGCCUUGGCCAGCAGCAUUUGCUGUUGGCACCAUGAAUAACGAUGACUGGGCGGCGCUGCUCUCGGUCGCUGAUCUCUACCUCACUGACGCCCACGCCUUUGGCGUCGACUCGGCGACGCCAAGCUCGGAUGUCGAGAUGGCGAUCGCUGCAGGCCACGCUGUGCGCCUCGUUGCCAUCGCUUCGACGCUCGACGCCGAGAUUGCACGCGCGCUCGCGCUGGACGACGGUGGCGACAUGGUGCGCCGAGCCACCGACGUUGUUGUGGCUCUCGUGACGGCCAGCGCCGUACUGGAGGCAAGCAUCCAGGUCACAGCGCUCUGCUGCGUCUGCCACCAGCAAGCGCCGUCCGUCUUUACGGCACCGUGCCGCCAUGAGUACUGCGCAUCGUGCUUGGCGGCGUUCCUCCAGACCGCCACGCACGACGUUUCGCUGCUUCCGCUCAAAUGUUGUCGCCAGCGCUUGGACCUUGACGCAGUGCUGCGCACGGGGGUCCUUUCUGCCACGGACGCCCAGCGGCUCCGAGAUCGCGCCGAAGAAAAAACAGCCGCGCGUCCCGUGUACUGCGGCAACCCUGCGUGCACCACCGAGUUUGUUAGCGCUCGCUACGUCAAUGGCACCACCGCCAUUUGUCCUGGCUGCCGCACCGGCCUCUGCUCUGCCUGCUCGCGCCCGGCACACCCUGGAGCGUGCGAAGACACCGUCUCGGAAGAAGCAUUGCUCGAGCUCGGCGCCCAGGAAGGCUGGCAGCGCUGCCCGCACUGCCGCCGCAUGGUGGAGCUGACCCAGGGCUGCAACCACAUGACGUGCCUCUGCAGCGCCGAGUUUUGCUACGUUUGCGCCAGCCGCUGGAAGACGUGCGCAUGCGCCAACUGGGACGAGGCUCGCGUCUUGCUCGCGGCGCAAGAGCGACUGGGCGCCGGGGCACCCGCCCGCGCCGUGCGGCAAUUGGCCGUGCAGUUGCGAGACCGCGACGAGUGCAAUCACGAAGGGCGGUGGCGCCGCAUCGAUUUUCCCGAGCGGUCGCGCCGCUGUGAACUCUGCAGUCGCCUCGUCUAUCUGUACACGCUACAGUGUCGUCACUGCCAAUUCCAGGCGUGUCGAACCUGUCGCGGCCGCCGCUUGUAGCACGAUACGACCGUUCAACUGCGCUACCGCGGCGACCUCGCCAAAUUGUAAAUUGCAAGAUGGAGAUGGCCCAGCCAUUAAACUCCUUUUCAAGGACGCCGGUCGGUCAGUUGAGAUAGCUAACUAUCUCUUCAAUGAAGCUAGUGGAAAGUAUGCAAAA